AUGGAUAACAGCCCCACGUCAAGUUCUCCUCAUUCUCCCGACACGAAUACACCAUCCCAGAAGAAGCCAACAAGCAGAGCGUGUGAUCGCUGUCGCCGGCGAAAAGCCAAGUGUGACUUUUCAGACUUGGCUCAACGAUGCACAAACUGCCGAGAGUCAGGCACACAAUGUCGCUUUGACAUUCCCGUCGCAAGACGAGGACCCAAGAUUAGACGGAAGAGGCCGUCAUCGGCGGGAAAAGAUGCUCCGUCGUCGAACCCCACAGCGGAAUUAACAGCGCUCUCCAGCGCCAAUUCCUCCACACCAACAGGCACCACCUCGGCGCAAUGGGACUCUUCCAGGGCCCUGAAUGUCGAUCUUGGGCUCUCGCCGCCGACGAUCUCCGCGUCUUCGGUUUUGAAUGAUGGCGUCGCGGGUCACGGGCUGUCGGCGCUGCAGAGGUGGCAGGACUUGUCAAGAGCGUUGGCUUUCAUCGCGAAUGACCUUCAGAACUUGGUUACGCGAUGCUUUGACUUGUUCUUUGAGUAUCUGUAUCCGCUCACGCCAUUGGUACACGAACCUAGUCUUCGCGACUCGCUCUCAUAUUUCACGACAAGAUUCUCAACAUCAGAGAGCCAUGCAAACGGCACUGGUCUUAUGGAAACAUGGCCAGAGACGGCAUUCACGCUGAUAACAGCUGUCUGCGCUGAAGCAGCAUUCUUGUUGCCCAAGGAUCUCUUUCCAGAGGGCCAGUCAGUGGGCGACUUAUUCCUCAAUGCUUCCCGCUCCUGUCUGAGCCACUAUCUUGAAGCGGACCUUGAGAACCCGAAUGCCAAUUCGAUCACGAUACGAUAUUUCCACUCAAAUUGUCUUCAUGCCGCAGGGAAACCCAAGUAUUCCUGGCACAUAUUUGGCGAGGCGACUAGGCUUGCACAGGUUAUGCAGCUGAACGAAGAAACGUCACUUGAAGGCCUGCUACCCAUUGAAGCCGAGUUACGUCGUAGGGCUUUUUGGAUUGUGUACAUGGGCGAUAAGUCUGCUGCAAUAUUGAACAAUCGACCCAUUACGAUCCACAAGUUCUCGUUCGAGUCUGGAAUAACGACAGCUUACCCUACUGGGAUCGAGGAUGAGGCGCCGAUUCUUUCCCCCGGGAAUUCUUCAACAAAUUCUGAAGUGAUACGCAAAACUUGUAUCGAAGGCUUCAAUGCCAACUUGAGGCUCUGGCAGAAUGCUUCUGACUUGCUCUUGGAGUUAAGGCUGCUUCAAGACCGGGAGCAGAGAGGCAUUCCCAUGCCUAAUCAGUCCUUGCUCACCGUGGAGGAAAGGAACCGACUUGAUACCAUCUACAUCCGUUUCAUCACUUGUCUCGAUGAUCUACCACCAUAUCUGCAGUCCUACACCUUUGCUUCUCUGGUAGAGGGCCCUAGGGAAACAGCCAAUCAGUUCUUGAUUCAAUGUGCGAACCUACAAGUUUCCGUGCAUUGCCUCAGGAUGGUCAUAACUCAAAAACUGGAAGGUUUGCCAUACUACAACUCGGGAAUCGAGCACGCGGACAUCCGAAAAACGGAAAUUGCUCGGGAUAUGCUGCGUGUGAUCCAAGAGGCCCCUUUCUGGUCGCUGCAGGUCAAUGGAGAGCCAUACGUGAGUCAACACCUAACCAAUAGCCUGGAUCACUGA